GCGGGGUAAGGUGACUUCCGUUUCCGUCUCUCCGGGCACGAGGAUACCGGGAGCCGGGCUAGCAGGAAAAUGCGGCCGUUGACAGAAGAAGAGACCCGAGUGAUGUUUGAGAAGAUCGCGAAAUACAUCGGGGAGAAUCUGCAGCUCCUGGUGGACAGGCCCGACGGCACCUACUGCUUCCGACUGCACAAUGACCGCGUGUACUAUGUGAGUGAGAUGAUCCUGAAGCUGGCCGCCAACAUCUCCGGGGAGAAGCUGGUUUCACUGGGGACGUGUUUUGGAAAGUUUACCAAGACCCACAAGUUCCGAUUGCACGUUACAGCGCUCGAUUACCUUGCACCCUAUGCCAAGUAUAAAGUGUGGAUAAAGCCUGGAGCAGAGCAGUCCUUCCUGUAUGGAAACCACGUGUUGAAAUCCGGUCUGGGCCGAAUCACUGAAAACACUUCUCAGUACCAGGGAGUGGUGGUUUACUCCAUGGCGGACAUUCCUUUGGGUUUCGGGGUAGCAGCAAAGUCUACUCAAGACUGCAGGAAAGUGGACCCCAUGGCAAUUGUGGUGUUUCAUCAAGCAGACAUUGGGGAAUACGUGCGGCAUGAAGAGACACUGACCUAGGAUGGUCAUCCCGGGACCUUUUUGCCGUGUGAAAGGACUUGGCUUUGUUUCCUGUGUGCAGACAUCAUCAUGUUAGAUUUGGACAGCACUGAUAUAUGCAGCUUGGAUUCUUACUCAACGGAAAUGGCUAAAAAUAGGGUUCCAGAGCCGGGCGUGGUGGCGCACGCCUUUAAUCCCAGCACUCGGGAGGCAGAGGCAGGCGGAUCUCUGUGAGUUCGAGACCAGCCUGGUCUACAGAGCUAGUUCCAGGACAGGCUCCAAAGCCACAGAGAAACCCUGGCUCGAAAAACCAAAAAAAAAAAAAAAAAUAGGGUUCCAGGCCCACUUUGACUACUUGGCAAGUUCAAGGCUAGCCUGGACUAUGUGGUGAGACCCUGUCUCAAAAACUGAAAACAAACAAACCAAAAGCUGUCAUGUGUUUGAGUAAACAGUGUCUUGUUCUCCAUCUGCAUCACCUUUGAAUCAACAGACUUGUUCUGAUAGCGAGUUCUAAGCCACUGCACUAAGGACAGGAGCCGUUUUAUUGUUAUCUGUGAUAACCCUUUUGCAGGCUAGUAAGAGCAUCUUGGACUUUCUAUUAUUUUAUUAGUAUCAUUAAAGAUAGAAGCAGUCAUAUAAGACUAGUAGGCUCUGCUGUGAUCUUACAGCUGGGAUUUAGUAAAAUAAUAGAUGUGGUUCAGCUGUUUUUCUUUGUGGUAAGCGGUGAAUGAUGUGGAAGAUCCUGUACUCAACCUCGAUUCUGCUGCCUGACGGUUGUGUGGUAAUGGACAAGUCACUCCACUUAGACACGCUUCAUUUUCUUCCUUUGUUAAAAGGGGGGAAAGGCCAUGAAACUAUUCAGUGUGGUUGUACACACCUUUAAUUCCAGCACUGUGGAGGCAGAGGCAGAUGGAUCUCUAUGGAUUCGAGGCCAGCCUGGUCUGCAUAGGGAAUUCCUGACCAGCCUAAAAAACAAACUCAAAACCCACAAAACUGGAAAAACAUCUUUAAUCACCAGUGUAACAGUCGUAUUCGGAAUUAAAAAUCAUGAUUGUAAAGCUUCUUGCAUAGGAUCUGGCGAAUAGUUUUGGA